UCAGUCUCAUAUUUUUUUUUAGGACGGGACAUGAGAUAGGGUUGUCGUGAUCUCAUGAACACCCAUAAUCUUAAUCCUCACAGGCUAUAUAGAAUGAGAGUGCGCAGUUGAAGAAAUGGCGAGAGAUUACAGAAUGGGAUAUUCAGUACGAGAACAAGUGUAUUGGUGGGUGGUGGCGAUUAUUACAUUACUAGGACUCAAAGAUGGAAGCAAGGCGUGUUUGGAAGAAGAGAGAGAAGCUCUUCUCAAACUGAAAGAAGCUUUCAAUUAUCCAAACGGCUCGUCUCUUCCUUCUUGGAAUAACCUUACCAGUUCUGAUUGUUGUAGCUGGCAGGGAAUCAGCUGUGACAACUCUACUCGGAGAGUGAUAAGCCUUCUUCUGAGCCAUAUAAGAGCUCAAGAGUUGGAACACAUCACGUGGUCAUUGAAUGUUUCUUAUUUUCUCCCUUUCCAUCAACUUGAAGCUUUGGAUUUGUCUGGGAAUUACUUGUCAGGUCUGUCUCUCUGAUCUCCACUCUCUAACUGUAUUUCAUGAUUAAUUUGUUAUUCAUGUUCAUACAUAUAUAUAUUUAGAACAAAGACCCACACAAUAUGUCACGCAAACUAGAUCUUUUAUUUUUCAAUUUCUGAAACCCUGAUGCUAUAUCAUCAAGUCAGAAAACUGAAUUUGAAUUAGACUCUCUCCUAUUUGAUUCUUCUCUUUAUUCAUCUCAGUUCAAACUUGUACGUUGUUUGAUUUACCAGCAAUAACAUUAAGAGUAACUGCUGAUAUUUUUGUUGUUAUUGGAGCAGGGCUAUUUGGCGAAAUUAGAUUGGACAACUUGCAAUCGUUGUAUCUAGAAGAAAACAUGCUUACGGAAAUCCCAUUCCUUGGUUCUUAAUUAUUAUUAUUUAUCAACUUCUUUUUGAUACCGUACUUUAUUUAUUUUCUUGGCUCCUUGGUUUUUUUUUUAAAUCAAUUGAUGUUUAGAAAAAAUUUGAGAAUAUCGAGAGUUGAAUGAGAGGGUGUUUGUACUAUAGAUAUGUGAUGGUAACGGUACUGAAGGAAAAGAUCAUAGAGAUUGUUAUUGAAUCAUUUAAUAACUUGAAUUUUGAAUCUUGACAUCUAUUUAUAAUCUUGACAUCUAUAUAUAAAUUAAGUGAUAGCAGGAACAAUAUGUCUAGGGUAGAAUAGGUUUUAAAUAAGAGAAUGGAAUGAAAAAGGAAUAUAUAUAUAUAUAUAUAUAUGGCAUAUGGAAAUUAGGAAAGGAGAGGAAAAGAUGGGAGAGGAUUCUUUCCUCUUCUCUUUUCAUUCACUUCUCUUUCUCUUCCUAAUUUCUAACCAUUAGAUCAAAAUUUGGGUGGUUCAAAAAAUUUGAAAUUUUAUAAAUUAUUUUAUUUUAUUUUGUUCUUACUGUAUUUUUUAAUUGUUCAUAUUAAAAUUUUAACAGCUUGACUUUUUUUUUUACAUUUUUUAUAAUUUAAUAUUUUAAUAAUAAUUUUAUAUACAUUUGUUUAAUUUUUUAUUUUCAAUAUUUAUAUUUCAUACUUGACAGAUAUUUCUCUUUCCUCCCACAAUUCGAAGACUUCGGCGUUCUCUUUCAAUUCCUCCUUGUGGGCCUUGUCCCUCUUUAACAAUAGCCUGAAGGGCUCACUGCCACGGCAAGGAGGCUUAUGCAAUCUGAAAAAUCUGAAACUAUUGUCUCUUGGUCCCAACAAGUUUGAAGGACUCCUUCCUUCAUGCCUUGGUAACUUGACAUCCCUCCGUCAACUUGAUCUUCAGUUCAAUGGUUUUGAAGGAAACUUCCCUUCCUCACUCAUUCAUUCUCUAAAGUCCCUCAGAUUCAUUUCAUUUGAAGAAAACUAUUUCACUGGCAUAGCAUCGAUUUCUUUGUUGGCCAACCACUCCAACCUUCAACUCUUCUCAAUUUCGUGCUCUAAUAACCCCAAUCUCAAGCUUGAAACUGAAAAUCCCCCCUUUUUCCCUUCUUUCCAAUUAAAGAUUUUCAGCGUAGUCAAAUGCAAUAUGAAUGAAGCAAGCAAUGGCGUAAUACCCUCCUUUCUUCUUCAUCAAUAUGACUUGAGACUUCUGCAACUUACUUAUUUGAACUUUUCAGCAAGUUUCCCACAUUGGCUUUUGACAAACAACACCAAGUUAGAUUCUUUUAAUGUCGGCCACAACUUCUUGACUGGUCCCUUUGAGCUCAACUCCACCACAAAAUUACUUGACAUGCAAUAUUUUGAUGCUUCCUCUAACCCUAUUAAUGAUGAAAUCCCUCCUCAUAUUGGCUCUAUUUUUCCUAACUUGCUUUCUUUGAACAUGUCUUCGAGUUCCUUACAAGGUGGAUUUCCAGCUUCACUCGGUGACAUUAGGCAGCUGAACUCACUAGACUUAUCCAGUAACAAUAUGUCUGGAUAUAUACCCAAAGAAUUUGGGAAGGGCAGCAACGACAUGAGGUUUCUAAAGUUGUCAAACAACAACUUAACUGGCCCAUGUUUACCCGUUGGUUCAAACUUCACACAUUUAUUGUCUGUGGAUCUAAGCAACAACAACUUUAAAGGAAACGUAUCAGAUGGGAUCAUUAAGAGUUUAGAAUUAAGAAUGCUGGAUUUAAGUUCCAACCAACUCUAUGGUGGAAUGCCUACAUGGAUUGGAAACUUUAAGCAUUUGAGUUACCUCAUUUUGUCCCAAAAUUCCAUGUCAGGUCUAGUACCAGAAAGCUUUUGCAAUUUGGUUGAACUUACAUACCUAGACCUUUCACAAAACAGAUUCAAUGGCACUUUACCAAGCUGUCUGAAUAUGCCAUCACUGAGGUACUUGCAUUUGCGGGGCAAUAAUUUUACAGGACCCAUUCCUUCUAUUUUCGCCAAAUCUCCCAUGCUAUUAACUUUGGAUUUGGCAAAGAACAUAUUUUCAAGUCAAAUUCCCGGGUGGUUAAAGCUGAUGUUGAAUUUAAGAGUCCUUCUCCUAAAAGGAAACAAGCUUGAUGGUUCCAUUCCUAUGGAUAUGUGCAGCCUCAAGAACAUAAGCAUACUGGAUCUUUCACAAAACAUGCUUUCCGGAGGGAUACCACAUUGCUUGAAUAAGAUCACAUUUAGAAAGCAGGAUGUGAUGAGAGGAGCCAAAAUAGGAAAAUUUGUUGUCCCUUGGGCUACAAGAGGCCCGUUAUUUGACAUAAAUCAUACAAGUGGCGAGCUUUUCCAAGGUGAAUAUGAAAAAAAGUUUUCAUGGUAUGAGGAAAUAGUGGUGAACUUCAUGUCAAAAAGCAGGUACGAAUCAUAUGAAGGAAAUAUAUUAGAUUUCAUGUCUGGCCUAGAUCUCUCGGACAAUCAGUUGACAGGUAAAAUCCCUUCACAAAUUGGAUACCUGAAUGCUAUUCAUACAUUAAAUUUGUCAAACAACUAUUUGACUGGGUCUAUUCCAGACACGUUUUCUGACCUUAAAGAGAUUGAAAGUUUAGAUCUUUCUUACAACAAAUUGAUGGGUCAUAUUCCUUCUCAACUUACACAGUUGUACUCUUUGUCUGUCUUUUCUGUGGCUCACAAUAAUCUAUCUGGUAUGGUGCCUGACAUGAAAAACCAAUUUGCAACUUUUGAUCAAAGUUCUUAUGAAGGGAAUCCUUUUCUUUGUGGCCCACCUCUACAGUACAGUUGUUCGUCUCUUGAUGAACCAGUAGGGAGACAAAUACAGCUACAUCAUUCAGCUAAAGAUGACUUCCGAGAUGCUUUCAAAUGGAGUUUUACCGGUGCAUUUGUGGUUUUUUUUCUAGGUGUAAUUAGCUUUAUGUAUUUCAACUCUUACUUUUACAAUUAAUUGCAAAUGAAAUGAAAAAGUAUGUACAAGUUAUUUGCGUGGGUUGAAUUAAGAUGGAAAACCUUUAGUUAA